GUUAAUCAAUGCCAAAGUGUUAAAUGUGAAUUAGUAUUCGACAAAAAACUUAAAUAAGUGUUUUAAAUUAAUAAUUUAAAGGCUGAUUAUUGAAAAUCUUAAUUGGUUCAUUGCAAUCGUACUUAGAUACAUCAAUUAUGAAGCCUCAAGAACUGUGUGAUAUCGAUGACUUAGCUACAUCUCUUGUUGUCGAUGUAUUCCUCGGUUUUAAUACCCACAAAAUGAACUUAGAACAUAAAGAAAGAUAUAAAUGUAAAUCACAUUUAAAACCUGUGAUUGAUGAAUUCAUUAAAAAUCAAAGUAUGAAAAUAGCUUUUGAUUCUUUUUGGAAUCAAAAGUAUAUUCCUGAUCAUUUAUUUAAAGUAUCUUACAAAAAAUUAGUCAGAGACCAUAUUGAAAGAUACAUGGGAAUGUUUUAUUCAGAUUCUGGUUUUCGAAUUGAACCAUGUUAUAGGUAUUCUUUAGAAAAUAAAGUAGGAGCCAAAGUAAAUGCUACUAGUCAUUGGAAAAAAGAUGGAAUUAUUAAAAGAUUAGUUGGAUGUGUGGCUGAGUUAACAGAAAAAGAAGAGGAUGAAAUAUUGUAUAUAGGGAAGAAUGAUUUUUCAGUGAUGUACAGCUGUCGUAAAAAGUGUGCUCAACUUUGGCUGGGCCCAGCUGCAUAUAUUAAUCAUGAUUGCAUGGCCAAUUGUAAGUUUGUACCUAAUGACAAAGGAACAGCUUGUGUUAAAGUACUCAGAGAUAUUGAACCUGGUGACGAGAUAACAUGCUUUUAUAGUGCUAAUUUCUUUGGUGAAAAUAAUGUCAACUGUGAAUGCUGCUCGUGUGAAAAGUUGUGUAAAGGGGCUUUUAAAUCCAAUAAAGAACAACUGAAAUCAGGACGGUACAACUUUAGGCAAACUCAUGGUCGAACCAAUUAUCGGUCUCCUGAUAAAAGCAAAAAAUUAAAAGAACCAAAAACACCUAAAAAGAAAAAGAAUGUGGUUUUGGAACCUUGUACUCCAAAUAAAAAUCCUGAAGUUGAUAAGGGUGAAGCUUUGCUUGGAUCACCAUACACAAAAAUCAUCCAAAAGACAAGAGGCUUAGAUUUAGACCAGGCAUCAAAAUCUCCAGAAAAGUGAUAAGUACCUAAGCAGAAAAAAGACAUUGUUCUACUAUAUUGAACAAAAUUAUAAGCUGAAUAUAAUUUGUGUCUAGUUUUCAAUUGGAAUUUGAUUAGUUUUCGGUCUACCAUCAUUUUUUUUUUUAUAUAUAUAUAAAAUUGUGUUAACAUUAUGUUUGUUUGUCUAUCACCAAUUGUUUUCAUUAGGUAUUUAUUGAGCCGUUAUAUUUACUAAAUAGUAUGUAAUAAGCGCCCACGGGAAGUGUUGUACAUAACUCUAAAUUUUAAUUUUAAUAAUGAAAUGUAAUGAUUUGACUACGGUUUAACUAACUAUAAUCUCUAUAAGUAUUCUCUUUUAAUUAAGAUACAAAUGUUUUAAUACUAUUAAUAACUUGAACAAUUAUUGCCUAUGUCUUACAGACCUAGAUAGUUCAGUAUCAUCUUAUUCAGUGUGGUUUCAGAUUGAUAAUAAGCUUUCACAAUUUGUUAAUAUACAUAAUUAUAAGGUACUAUUAAUUUUUAAUUCCUGUUCUUCGAUAAUUGUCUUUAAUAUAGUAUAAUGUAGUUAAAAUUGUAAUAUUUAGAACAUUUAACGAUUUUAACRCUUCACAAUUUAUUUUUCUCAUUGUCUAAACUUUUACGUUUUGUAAUUUAAUUAAGCACUGAAUAUAUUUACCUAUAAUACAAAAUAUGUACAAAAUAUUUAUUAUUGUACUUCAGUGCAUAAACCAUUUUACUACCAGUGUCAUUUUAAAUUAUUAACAUUGAUAAUUAUGAAUAUAAAAUGUUUAAGUUAGCAGGUUAAACAAAAAAAUAAAAACCCACGACAUCUAAAAUGUUCUCGGUCUGGUGGUGCUGCUUAGUGCCUGCCCCUAAAUGCUAAAUUCUGCUUUUUCAUAUUAUAUUAAUUAUCAAAUUUGCCCAUUGUACAUAGU